AUGAAUAUUUUGUGUAUUGUGGGAAUAGCAAUGUGUGCUUUCAGUGAAAUAAUGCCACGAAUACGCCAUUUGGGUAACGUAGCAAGCGAAGACCUACGUAGAGUAAGCAGCAAUCUGUACAAGAAGAGCGUAGCAGUAAAGAACAAGGUCGUGAAGAAGGCACGUUCUGGAGCUGCAAAAGUGAACAAGUUCGUUAAUGUGCAUGUGAGGAAGAUUCACUCAAAGAUGGCUGAAUAUCGUGAGAAGAAGAAGGAGGAGUCAGAGAACCUGGUUGAUCAAAUGAAACAGAUACUCGAGCAAUCGAAGGAGAAGCAACAGGAUAAGAAAUUGUAG